GGCUCAGCUGCCGGGCUGGGCUGUGUGAGCUGCUGCUUCUCGUCCCAAGACCAAGUCUUAAAGCAACUUUCCUUCCUCUGCUGCUUAAACUUUUUUUUUCUCCUGUGUCUGGAAAGAAGUGUCACAUUUUGCUCACUCCCAACCCUCUUCCCCCACCCCCUCCCAGAGCCCCUGAGCGCGUGUGCGUGGAGGGGGUGCCGCGAGCCACCUCCAGCCUCCCGUGGCUGCUGUAACUAACUUCCAGCUCCUCUCUGUAACGCUAUGAAGUUCCUCGGGAAGCCCAGGAGCCAGACAGCGGCUUCUCUGCCUCUUUGCCUGCUCUUUUUGAAGAUCCUGCAACCAGGGCACAGCCGCCUUUACAACAACCGCUAUGCCGGUGAUAAAGUGAUAAGACUUAUCCCCAAUUCAGAGGAGGAAGCAUACGCGCUGAAGAAAAUAUGCCGCCAGCUUAAGGUGGAUCUGUGGCAGCCCAGCAGUGUCUCCCAUGUCUCAGAGGGAAUAGUCACUGAUGUCCAUGUUCCUCAGAAUGGCUCCCGAGCCCUGUUAGCCUUCUUACAGGAAGCCAACAUCCUGUACAAGAUCCUCAUAGAAGAUCUCCAGAAAGCACUGGAACAGGGAAGCAGUUUGCGACCCCCAAGAAAUCGAAGAUCCCUCUCUGAAUACAAUUAUGAAGUUUAUCACUCCUUAGAAGAGAUUCAAAAUUGGAUGCAGUAUCUGAAUAAUACUCACUCAGGGCUCAUUCACAUGUUCUCUAUUGGAAAGUCAUAUGAGGGAAGACCUCUUUUUGUUUUAAAGCUUGGCAGAAGAUCACGAGCUUACAAAAAUGCUGUCUGGAUAGACUGUGGUAUUCAUGCAAGAGAAUGGAUUGGUCCUGCCUUUUGUCAGUGGUUUGUAAAAGAAGCUCUUCUAACAUAUAAGAGUGACCCAACCAUGAGAAAAAUGAUGAAUCAUCUGUAUUUCUAUAUCAUGCCUGUGUUUAACGUGGAUGGAUACCAUUUUAGCUGGACCAAUGAUCGAUUCUGGAGAAAAACAAGGUCAAGGAACUCCAGGUUUCACUGCCGUGGAGUUGAUGCCAAUCGUAACUGGAAAGUGAAAUGGUGCAAUGAAGGAGCAUCUAUGCAUCCUUGUGAUGAUACCUACUGUGGACCUUUCCCAGAAUCUGAGCCAGAAGUGAAAGCUGUAGCUAAUUUCCUUCGAAAACACAAAAAGCACAUUAAGGCUUACCUCUCAUUUCACGCCUAUGCUCAGAUGUUGCUGUAUCCUUAUUCUUACAAAUAUGCAACAAUCCCCAAUUUUAGCUGUGUGGAAUCUGCAGCUUAUAAAGCUGUGAAUGCACUUCGGUCGGUAUAUGGGGUACGGUAUAGAUAUGGACCUGCCUCCAGCACAUUGUAUGUGAGUUCUGGUAGCUCAAUGGAUUGGGCCUACAAAACUGGAAUACCCUACACAUUUGCUUUUGAACUGCGUGACACUGGGCACUUUGGAUUUUUACUCCCAGAGAUGCUUAUCCAACCCACCUGUACAGAAACCAUGCUGGCCGUGAAGAACAUCACAAUGCACCUACUAAGGAAGUGUCCUUGAGAUGGCCCAAGGUCAAGUCCACCACCAAAGAGAGGGCUGAUUCUGCACAAGAGUUAAUUGGCAAUGGGUAGAAAUUGUUUUUAAAGAGAGGGGCAUGUUUGGAGUGAACAUAUCUGUGGACUUUAAAAGGAACUUCUCAUGCAAUUCAAUGCUCUGUGGCAAUAAAAAAAAAAGAUAAAUAAUAAUAAUAAAACAAGAGCAUAGACUAGUUUGUUGUAAGAGAAAGCAUCUAUUUUAUGUCCUGUCAGAGUCUCAUUUGAUUAAGGUGGGGAACAUUUUCAAAUUCUUUUGCCUCAAGAAAUGUACAAAUUGAGGAUUUCAUUUUAAAUAAAUCUCAUGUUCUCAAUUA